CCCGUCAGAGCCCGCGGCGCCGGCCGGCUGGAGAGCACAGUGUGGGAGUGAGAGGAAAGAUGGUGGAGGUGUGUGCCUGGUUGUCCCGUCAUCAUAGCCAGAAAAUCCGCAAUAUUAAGCAUUGUAACCAGCGUGGCCGCUCAUCUUUAACAGCUCUCGAUCGUGUCAAGCCCAGUAACCGGUCCCAGAGGCGCUUGCCUUCUGUUGGCUGAUAUAGGGCCCCGCCAGCGAGAGAACCGUCCCGGCCGAGUCAAAGCGCCAAACACCAAGAGCGGAGAUGCCGAAAUCCCGGGGCCGGACUGGCCACAAAAAGGGUUCUUUAAGACAUGAACUACUACAGCUGAAGGUUUCAGCCAAAGUAGCUCAGCAGAAAGGAGGACGGAAUGGAAUUAAAGGGGAGACUCCGGCCAGUGAUGAUGAUCUCGCCAGUGAAGUGCUCAGCCAUUGCAGCAGUGCCAGUGAGUCGGCCAGUGUGCCUGAAGAAGGAAAUGAAGCCAUUAAUGAACAAAUGGCCCAAGAGGAAGCUGAAGAUAAAUUGAAGGAAUGUAUUGAUAAAACAACGGAUAAAAGUGCAAAAACAAGACAAAAUGCCCUUGAAAGCCUCAAGUUAGCAUUUUCUUCCAAAAUCCUGUCCGACUUUUUGGUGGAAAGAAGAGUCACCCUCACUGACUGCUUGGAACGCUGCUUAAAGAAAGGAAAGGGUGAAGAACAAGCCAUUGCAGCUACUGUCAUAUCCUUACUAUGUAUUCAGCUGGGAUCGUGCAAAGAAGGUGAAGAUGUUUUCAAAACGCUGAAGUCUGUCCUGAUUAAUAUCUUUACUGACAAAUCAUCUAGCUUGGCUGCCAGACACAGUUGCGCCACUGCUCUGGGAACAUGCUGUUACAUUGCUGCUAAUGAAGCAGAGGACCUUGUAUCUUGCCUGACAUGUUUGGAGAGUGUCUUUAGUGCUUCAUAUAUAAAGGGGGAUGGAUCAGUGCCCUCCCACAAUUCACAGACUCAAGUCCUUCACUGCAAUGCUCUCCAGUCCUGGUCCUUACUAGUUACUCUCUGUCCACCCUCCAGAAUUCAAAAGCUGUUGGAAAAUCAUCUCUCCAAAUUACCUGACCUCCUGUGUAGUGAUAAUGUGACCUUGCGAAUAGCAGCUGGGGAAGCGAUAGCACUUCUGUUUGAGUUGGCACGCAAGACUAAUCAAGAGUUUUUGUAUGAUGACACUGAUCAACUUUGUGAAAAGCUGAAAGCAUUGGCAACCGACAGUAACAAAUACAGGGCAAAAAAUGAUCGGCGAAAGCAGCGCUCCAUUUUCCGAGAUGUCAUGCAUUUCAUUGAGGAUAAAGUGUGUCCAGAGGAAACAAUCAAGUUUGGGAUUGAGUGCCUUUACAUAGAUACUUGGGUCAGAAGAAGAGUCUAUGAUGCCUUCAAGGAGAUUCUUGGAUCUGGUAUCAGACACCAUUUGCAGCAUAAUGAAUUACUGCGGGAUAUCUUUGAACUGGGUCCUCCUCUAAUGCUAGAUGCUGCUGCUAUCAGGGCCAAUAAAAUUUCAAGAUUUGAAAAGCAUCUGUACAACUCUGCAGCAUUCAAAGCAAGGACUAAGGCAAGAAGCAAAGUCCGGGAUAAAAGAGCUGAUGUACUUUGAGAAACCAAAACAGGCAUCGUGUCAGAACUCUUUCUGUAAAUUUUAAUGUCCCUUGUCACUGUGAUAUAAAGAACACUCAACAGGGUUUUCUGAAUUGUGUAAACAAUCAUGGGGCCUUUUAAUUUUGCAUACAUGCACAGUUCCCCUUGCUGUGUUUGCUUUUUAUUUGAUUGUUAUUUCGCAAAAUCAGCAUUUUAAAUUGUAUAAAAAUUAUAUAAUUUGUAGGGUCGGUUCAGUAAAAAUGUGUUACAAUGGAUUGAUCCAGCCAUCAGAUUAAGGAAAUUAACGUGAUUGUCUCCACUUGACCUUUGCCUUGCAGAGUGAACUUGUAAAUUUAGUCACUUCAUUCAAAAUAUAUUAUGGUGAAAUUGAUUAAAUAUUUCAAAUUAAUUUAAUUUUGCAAAAAAAAAGAAAAGCACAAAAACAAGUGGGUAGUCUUUUGUAAUUUUCUACCUACAUUUUGUACCACUAUAUUUCUCCUUUUUAAAUAAGAAUGAGUAGUCGCAGUGAGAGCUGGGACUGGAGUUGGGUUUGGAAAAGGCUGAGCGUAUAGACUCACCUCUUUGGAUGUGGUAACCAGACAUUAUAUAAUACCUAGGAUUUGAUUUUGAAAUGGAAAAUCAUUCCCCUCUGGCUGCCUUCUAUUACACACCGAGUCAGUACAACUGAUGUCCUGCAAAUUUAACCUCAUCUCCAGAUUUUCCACUUUCCGUGCCAUUUAAAGUAGAUGAAACCUUGCAAAUGAACUUUGACAUUGUAAUUCCUAGGGCCUCUCUAGAUAGUUGAAAUCACAUGGUACAGUAGAGACCAUUUACAGCUGAAUGUACGUCAUUUUGAAAGUACAUGGUUUUGUUAUUUGUGGGACUUGUCAUGACUCCAUGCAUCCCUUUUAGAUUUGUGCUCUUUCUUACCAAUACGUAUUUGCAGUACAAUAUUUCCACACUAGGUCUGUGACACUUCAGUCUUAAAAUUAUUUAUUCAGGGCAUACAUUUACAAUAGACUUGAAGCUGAAAUAUUGUAAAUUCAAUUUAUAUAAAAGAAUUAUUGAAAAAAAUGUUUUCUUAAACCCCAAACAUUUCUGUUUAAUUUAAACCAAAGGAUGAAACAACAGUUGCUUUAAUAUGAUUGCUCUCUUUUUAAUUUUUAUUUUUAUGAAUCACUGAAACUUCCUGUAGCCUCUGUCCCAGCCUCUGGCUGGGAGAAUUCCACAGGUUUUUCCAAUGUUGCUCCGUGGCCAUAAGGAUUGUCUGAGUGCUGACUGAGGUUGAUUCUCUUCUUCCCCUUGGUUCGUCACAUAUUUAAUCUCAGUUCGGUCCUGCACUCAAGCACCCAGCUGGCAGUGGGGUUCUUGCUUUGGGCAGUGUGGGUAUGAGAUGGAGAAAAACUGAGAAGAGUUAUGUUACACCAAUGCUGAGAUUAACUGUAUGCUAUUAUAACUAUUGAUCCUGGGACUCCAAAUCUGUGAUAUAGUAUACUCACAUAUGAAAUCAGUCAGUCUCCUUGCUUAUGCUUUUGUCUAUUAACCCCAUAUUUUCUAUAAACAUAAUAUGGAAUUACUAUUACUGACAUUUGGAUGUUGAUCUUGAGAGUUUGUUUUCACUCUGUCUGACAAACUAGCUGCAAAUGUUUUGACCUUGGAAGCCAUCUUACCCUGAUGCAGAUGGCAUUGAGUUAUUGCCUGACAAUAUAAUUUUGUACUUUUGCUCAGGAAACAGAGUUGGCAUACUAAGUUUGUACAAUUUUUUUCUCUUUUUACUUGCAUGUUUGGUGCUGCCCAGUUGUAGGCUAGAGCACAUUCUAUGUCCCAUCACCCUCAUUUCUUCCAUUGCCAACUUGAAAAUGCCCAUUAAAAAAGUUUUGUGUUAACAUAAAUCAAUAUUUCAGAAAAGAAACAGGCUCAUAUUCACACAUUGGCAACUAAUCAGGAAGAGGGAUGGAGAUUAUUGCUCUCAAAUCAAACAACAGUGGACCCAGGAGACGUCAUAGAUGUUGCAUUUUUAAGCCUUCUUAAUUCCAUUGUGUCUGUAAAUGGCUAUGUUUGACAGUGCUGCAUGUAAGCUUCAAACUUAUUCGUGAUUUGGCAACACCCAAAUGUCAGAUGGAACAAAUGUUAAAAAUGAAUCUCUCCUCUGCCCCAGUUGAUUGUAAUCUGGGUACUUGGCCUUUAUCUCCCCAUCCUGGAGGAUUGGAUUUGGAGUUCCUUGGUGCCAUCCCCCUCAGCCAUCCUGGGUAGAUUAAAUCUGAGCUACUUGGUUUCCACCAAAUUUGAUGAGUCUGCCUCUAGCUGCUUCAGACAAGUCAUACUUUUAUGCAAACAGUUUUUAACAACUAAAUCCUUUUCCAAGUCUCUCUCAAGAAUAAAGAAGGAUUUUUGUGUAUGUGCCUUUGCAUCAUGUAUGCUGUAUCUAGAAAAGCUUAUUAAAUAUUGCAAAAGUAA